AUGAAAAAACUAGAAGACCAAGCCAAGGCUGCAAUCAAAGCUCAGACCAAUGCCGAAGAGAAGGCUAAGGCUGCUGAGGCCAUCAGGAAAGUGGCUGAGUCUCAGAAGAGAGAAGCUGAGGAAAAAAUGGUCCAAGCCGAAAAGGAGCUUCAGGAGGCACUGGCCACCAAAGAAACUGAAAUAAAAGACGUUGACGAUAAGGCGUAUGCCCAAGGCAUGGCCGACGUCACAGAUGCCUACGAACAACAGGAUGAGGCUUUGGUAAGAAAAUCUAAAGAUGCGGAUGGGGCCAAGUCCCUUCUUCAGAAUGAGCAAGCCCUAGACUUGACUCAGGAUGAAGAAGGCGAUGAGGUUAACAAAGACGCUGCUUAUGUGAAGGAAUCAACCGAUGUCACCCUUGCUGAUAAGAACCUUGAUGACACUCUUGCAGAAAUUGACGCCGAGGUCGCGGCGAAUAAGGCUACUAAGAUGCACACCACAAAGAUGGCUCAAGAAGAAGCUGGAGCCGCCAGGGUUGAUCCGUUUGGGGAUGACGACGCAGUGGAGCUGGUGGAGCAGUACCAGACGGAGAGACAAGUUGAGAGGGUAGAGGAACCAGUGAGGGCCAAGGAGAUGGGCAGUGUGGGGAAGAAGAAAAGAAAGGUGAGGAGGAGUGAGGAGAAGCCUGCCUUGAAGAGGAGGAAGGAGAUGACGGUAGAGGAGACCCCCAUGGCCCAGGAGGCAGAGGAGUAG